CAAAACCAAAUACCAAUAACAAGUAUUACAGUAUUGGUAUAUAGUGUAUAAUCUAUGCAUAAUAAGCUUACUCUAAUGUAAACAUAUUAAUUUUUUAUAUAUUUUGUCAUAUUAUAUUGGUUUACACCACAAACGUAUAAAAUGGACCAAGAGACCGCUAAAAAGUUACUCGUUGAAGGUGGAACAUUUGUGUUCCUUGGUGUGCCCCAUGAGACACAAUUUGGUAUUGAUAUGCAAUGUUGGAAUACCGACGAAGAUUUUCGAGGAAUAAAAAUGAUACCACCGGGUCUUCACUACGUUCACUAUUCUGCUGUGAGUAAAGAAACCGGAGACAUUUCACCAAGAUCAGGAUUUAUGCAUUACUUUCAUAACAAGGAGUUUGUUGUCAAAAUUUGGGAUAAAAAACUAGAAGAUAUUAGUAAGGACGAAAUUAGUGAAGAAAGCAUUCAGCGCUUAAAAGAUAAUUUGCUUAACAUAGACAAGCACUUGGCCCCUUAUCCUUAUGAAAUAUGGCAAAAAUGGAAACAAUUGUCAUCUCAAAUUACAGCUGAAUUAGCACAGAAACUUUCACCUCUAAAUGGUUUUAUCAGAGCUUCUGUGGACUUACUGCCAAUGAGUGAUAAGGAUAGACCAAGAGGAAAUAAACCAAAACAGUCACUGGAACCUGAUACUGAAUCAAAAGAAGUUCAAGGUCAGUCAACAUCAGGUCAAUCUGAUGUUAAAAGAACUAGAAGAAUUACAGAAGAAGAAAAGGAAAGAGCCAUGUUACCUGAUUUAAAGCCAGCCCCAGGAGAAGCAAUGAGAUUUACAGAAUUACCCCAAGAUAAAUACCCUCCAGGUUCAACACCAGGGGAGAUCACAAAGCACUAUUUAGACCAAACAUAUUCUUUAGAACUCAUGAUUGCACAGCAUGAUGAGCCUCUACAUAUUAUCGGCGAGCUUCAGAUUGCAUACUUAUGUUUCCUUAUUGGACAUUCUCUUGAAGCUUUCGAACAUUGGAAGAACCUCGUAAUUUUACUGUGUUCCUGUGAUCAAGCCAUUCGCAAAUACAGAAAUGUUUAUUUCCACUUUAUUAAAACAAUUGAGAUACAAAUUGAUGAAAUACCAGGUGACUUUCUAGCAGAUAUUGUGAUGAAUAAGAACGUAAUAUACAAGAAAUUACGAUAUUUUUUUCGUACAGCAUUCGUAAAUAAGAAAGUUGAUGGUCAGUUACUGACUAUGAUUGAGAGAUUUAUUGAAAACUUAACUCUAAAACUUAAGUGGGAUUUUACAGGGCUAAAUGAUUGUGAAGAAGAUGAAAAACCUGUACUAGUUCUAUUUGACGAUUGUAUAGCCAUUGAUGAACACUGUACAUUAAGUUUGUAAACUAUUUAUUUUACUCUAUUCAAAAUAAAUGUAAGCAACUGAA